AUGUUGACCCCGACCUGCCCGAACGUUACCCACACGUUCCACCCCUUUGGCGAUACCCCCGCCCGCUGUCUGACAGAGAACAUCCCUCCGGACAGAAAGGGCGAAGAGAAGCCCGUGAAUAUCCUGCUUCUUGGCUCUGGCGAUGUUCGCAAUGUCCUCUUCACGGCUCACUCGGACAUGAAGCGCCAGCUCGAUAUCACUUGCUGUGAUGUUGACCCGUUGGUGAUCGCGCGCAAUAUUUUGCUUCUCACCUUGAUCAUUGAGUCGGACUUUGAUGACGACCCUGACGACUCCUUCAACUCACCCGAGACACCUCACACUCGGCUCACAAAUGACGAUCUCUUCGCAAUUUACUUCCACCAGCACCUUUCCGAGCGCCUCAGCAAACUCGUCUGCUCGCAAGCCAUGGGCCUGCGCCUUAUUGGCUCAACCAUGUUAACCUGGAACCAAACUCCUUUUGGUUGGGGCCAGGGCUUCCCGCCCUGCCCUUGCUCGCCACGCUGCGACAGGUGCGGCAAUGAGACAAAAGGUAAAGGGAAGGGCAAAGAGAAGUCUCGUACCACCACCGGUGAUGACAUUUCCCGCAUUCGCUUCACUGAAUCCGGCUCCCUAGAGCUGCUCACUCAUAUCUGGGAAGCCUGGGCUUGCGAUCCCCACUCCGAGGAGCAGAAGGCCCUGACGGAAGGCUUCUUCUUGCGUCUCGCCGCCGCUCUCUACAGAAGGGAAGAAGAACAGGUGGGAAACCCCCACGUCCCUUCCAGAGCAGCUGCGUGCUCGUUCAGAGCCGCAAUGCCGGUUGGCUUAGAAGCCACCUUCCAUGCCACGAUGGCGAAUGAGGACUUCUGGAGGUGGGGGGCGACGGGCACAAAGCAAUGGGUUAAGGAUGAGGACGCAGAUGACGAAAGCACUGAUACCGGUCCUGGCUUGGAAGAGACGAUCAAGCUGAAGAAGAAGAGGGCCAAAGGAAAGGGGAAGCAAAAGGCGAAAGAGUUCCUGGCAGAAUCCUCAAAGCAGGCUCAGCAAAGAGGACAAAAGACAGACAAGAAGAGGUCCGACGAUCCGGGCGUUCCAGGCGGAUUCAUCAAUCCGCUCUUUACCACUCCGUCGUCAGGGUACCGCAUCCAUCACUCUGCGGACCCUCUGCAAGGCUUCCACCUGGCGCCUGCAUACCUCCCCAUCGUCGGCCAGCCACUCCCGCAAGAAGGAGCUUGCCAAGUUGACCGCCUCGCGGCCGUCGCCAAGCAAGAGUUUUCCGACUGGUGCGACUCCUUUCGCCGUGCUUGGCGCAAAGGCCGCAUCAGUCUUCGUUUCGUUGUCAGUGACGCGCUCGCUUUUGCGCACACUCUUCAACACCACAAGUCGGCUACCCUUGGAAAUCCCGUCGACCAGGCUUUUGGCAACUGGUAUCGCUUCCGGGAUUCUUUCGAUCCUUUGGUGCUCGACAGCGACGAGUACAGGCAAGCGGUGCCGAGCGAGUCGCACAGCACAAUGUCUCUGGCACCUGUAUCCUUUGAUGUCAUCGACACUUCGUCUUUGGCUGACGACGUUGGGCCAUUGAACGUGCUCAUCGCGACCUCUCCGCUCCUCAACAACCGCUUGGCAGCAACGUUGUAUACCGAGCAUACACUUCCCUUGCCUCGGUGUGUGAGCAGUGACGAUCCGGGUCAGGGACCAAAGAGCUCCCAAGAGGUAGCAGACAGCCUCCUUCAUGGUGAUCUCCCCACCAUGUCUGUCCUGCUGGGUCUGUCGCCGGUCGAAUACUACACCAACACUUCUCCCUUUGCUCCCGCACCUACUUUCUCUUCGCCCAAUUCCGACCCUCCUCCUCUUCCUCCCACUCCUUCAGUCUCUGGUGCCUCCGAUGCGCCCUGCCAGUCAAAUCCACCCCCAGCGGCAGUCUACUUCAACCAGCGUCUAACCUGGAAGCGCCCCGUCUGCCACCAUCCCAGCAACGGCACCGGUAAAGAGUGGACUAUCGGCAGCUACUACGACUCCUGGCCGGGCCCCUCCUCCUCUCUACGUGAAGAGAUGGACCACUUUGCCAGCGAGUACAAGAAGAGCGAGGAGACGUACAGGGACUUGAUUGAGCCCUUGCAGACUUUGGUGGCUCUCGACGCUCGUGAACGCGAAGAAGAAGAGGAGCGGAGAAGAGCGGAGAGCCAAAAGAAGGGUAAAGGAAAAGGGAAGGGAAAGGGAAAAGGAAAGGGCAAGGAGAAAGCGAAGAACCCUCCUCAGGAGACCGCCGCCAGCGCCGCCAACGAGGCAACGAUCCCAGGCCUAGAGCAAUUCUGCAAGCUCACCCCUGAAGUCCGGAAGCAAGUCUUCGACGCAAGAAAAGGCCAAAACGAGGCGCUCAAGGAAUGGGAAACCGAACUCCGGGGCAGAUUCCGAGACGAAGAGGCUCAAUGGGAAAGGGAGCGCACCGAGAUGCCAUUGCCACACAUUGGGUUCGAAGCUGAAGAGCUCGCUGAGUUUCUCAUGCAGGUCUACUCGCGGAUGUACGAGUCAAAGUACCUGUUCGAGAAGAAGGACGAUGGCAAGGACGAUGGCGUCAGUGCCGGUAGUCCAGGUACUUCUGCUGCUGGUGCUGAUGAAAACGCCUCCAGUAGGUUUGGAUGCGGGUUCAAGUUGCUGAAUCCGAGUACGUAUAACCGGGCGACUUUUGCGGCGCUUUUGAAGAUGAUCCAGGCCCGAGUCGUGCUCGUCGGCCAGCCACCGGUCUUAUCCCCCAAUGAGUCUGAAGCUGAGUCCGGGGUAUGCUUUGACGAAACCUGGAAGAGCAGGUCUUCCGACGAGCCUGGCACGGAUUCUGAAGAGGGCACCGACGAUUCUGUCGAGGAGACCAUCGUCUGGCGGACGACGUUGGGUGUAAUGCUUGAAUCCCUUCAGCAUUCCGUCGUCAACCAUGUUGAGCCCAAAGGAUCGUUUGACCAAGAGCUUUCCACCAUCCUUCACCAUUUCGGCGUAUACUCCUCCCCGGAGCACGCCAUCACUGACCCCGACGACGGGCAGAUCAAGCCGAGAGUGUAUAACCUCGCCCAGGAGGCAACUCCCGAUUAUAGCAAGCACCACAGCCCCAGUCUUUACAACUGGGUCAACAUUCCGAGCACCCUCGCCGUGACUAUCCGGAUCCCCCGUCACAGACUUAACGUGUUGCACAUUAUUCUGAAGACUUUGGAGACGGGCGUGGACAUGACUGGCAGCAGGACCAAGCAGUCGUCGUACAUCCCGGCUUUGCAGGCUUGCAUUCGUCCUACGCCUGAUGGGGAACGUAAAGCUGUUGCUGACAACAUGCCUGGCCACUUGUUUACCUCUUUGCAAAUAGGGUUUGGUGAGGUCGAGACCGCAGGAUGGCCGUUUACUCCUCUCUUCAGUCUUGACAUCGAAACCGAUCCGCUUGGGUGGGAAGGACAGAGCGAUUUGUUUGUCAGUUUCAUGGCUCCCACCAGCAUCUUGAUGAGGGGCGGGGUGACGGGGUUGGUGACGGUUGAAAUGGUGCCUUCGCUUGGCCCUGAUGUUGCGCGGCGGAACGAGCUCUCAUUCCUGGCGACGACCGGAAGUCUGAAGGGCAUGGACCUGAAGAUCUUUGAGGCUAACUUGGGUUUGGACUCAUCUGGUGUAUACAUCAGUCAGCACAUGCCCAACCAGAGCGGCGUAACGAGGAUGUGCGGUUUUGCCGCGGAAAGACCACAGAUCUAG